UGACAAGCUGACUGCUGAGGACCUCCUGAGAAGAGAAUGGCAGAAGAGUGGGGAAAACAGGUUUUUGCUGCUCGGCGCCACCAUGAAGAAACAACAAGGGAAUCUAUGUUUACUUACACAAACAGCAAUAAUACCAGAGGUCCCUUUGAGGGUCCCAAUUACCACAUUGCUCCUCGAUGGGUUUACAACAUUUCAACACUCUGGAUGUGUUGUGUGGUCGUCUUAUCAACCUUCACCAAUGGUCUGGUCUUGGUGGCCACAGCAAAGUUCAAGAAACUCCGUCACCCUCUGAACUGGAUCUUGGUCAAUCUUGCCAUUGCUGAUCUUCUUGAGACACUUAUUGCCAGCAACAUCAGUAUAUGCAACCAGUUUUUUGGCUACUUCAUUCUGGGACACCCAAUGUGCAAGUUUGAGGGCUUCACUGUCGCAACUUGUGGCAUCGCUGGUCUUUGGUCAUUGACUGUCAUCUCAUGGGAGAGAUGGAUAGUUGUGUGCAAACCUUUUGGAAAUGUCAAGUUUGAUGAAAAGUGGGCCAUUGGUGGAAUAGUGUUCACCUGGGUCUGGUCGGCACUCUGUUGUGCCCCCCCCCUCUUCGGAUGGAGCAGGUACUGGCCUCAUGGACUGAAGACUUCCUGUGGACCUGAUGUAUUCAGUGGAAAUGAAGAUCCUGGAUGUGUAUCCUACAUGAUUGUUCUUAUGAUAACAUGUUGUAUCAUUCCUCUGGGUGUCAUCGUCUUUUGCUACCUUGCAGUCUGGAUGGCUGUCCGUGCUGUUGCCAUGCAGCAGAAGGAAUCAGAGUCAACACAGAAAGCUGAGAGAGAAGUUUCCAGGAUGGUUGUUGUCAUGAUCUUUGCAUAUUGUUUCUGCUGGGGACCUUACACCUUUUUCGUCUGCUUUGGCACGGCUUACCCCGGGUAUCCCUUCCAUCCUCUGGCUGCCGCCAUGCCUGCAUACUUUGCCAAAAGCGCCACUAUCUGGAACCCAGUCAUCUAUAUCUUCAUGAACCGACAGUUCCGAUCAUGCAUCAUGCAGCUCUUUGGCAAAGAAGGGGAGGAUGGCUCUGAAGUAUCCACAUCAAAGACAGAGGUCUCCUCUGUGUCUCCUGCAUAGACCUCCAUGUUCUCCCUUUUGGAAAAAAACUGAGAGCCAUUGUAAUUUGUACAGCAAAUACUUGUUUCUUUUUUUUUUAGUAAAGAAG